AUGGGUCAACUGUGUGGACGAUGCAUGCAGCUGCUGCAGGACUUCAUUGCCUUUGUUCAGAGGAUGUCCUCCGACCUGGUACGCGGCAUCAAGGAAUGCUUAACCCUGAUAAGCAAAUGCUUCUGCUUAAAACAAAACAGCUCUAAAGCCAGGCAGUUGUACAAACCCAUCCUGCACCCUCAUGAGAGGGUGACAGCACAGGAGUUUCUGCAGCAUAUUGAAACAGGUUUUGAAAUGUCACCACUUGGAAAGGACCCUCUGGAAGCCUUGAGGACCUUAGCCUUUUCAGAAAACCCAGGUUUACAGCAGUCUGCUGCCCUCUAUUACUUGCAUAUGAGUCAGCACAUGAACAUCUCCCUGCCUGUGGAGCAUCUGGAACCCUUCUAUGCCUUACUACGGUCUGCUGACCUGGAGGUGCAGCAGAUGUCUUCUUUGUCCCUUGUAAACUUCUUGCUAGAAGGAAAUAUUGACAAAGAAUUAGUUGUCCAAAUGGGUUUACUUGAGCCAAUUCUGGAUCUGCUUGAGUCAGAGGAUGCCACUGUCCAGUGUAAUUCCUGUGCCUGCACCAUGACUUUGGCUGUUUCAG